AUGCUUGCUGCCGACUGGACGCGCCCAGAUGUCCAGGGCCGAGGCCCACCCUGGCAGCCCCACACCUGUGGCCCCUGUGUGACCUCGGAGCUCCUCUGCAGGGAAGAGCUGGAUGUCCGCACAGGUGGCUGUGCCUCGCCCAGCAUCUGGCUCCCAACAGCAAGAGGCAGAGCCAGAACACAGGCCGGACUCCUGCUGGAGCCGCCGGGAGACCCCUCUCGGCCUCGGUCCCUCUGCACCCCCGUCCCUACUGCCACCCUAACGCCCACAAGUCCAAAAGGGCUCCUGGUCCAUGCAGCCACCAAGCCCAGCCUCCCAGUCACCCUCAGGACCUUCCUGUCUGACUCCCAGGCGGCCACAUUAGGGCCUGCAGCCCCCAUACCCUGGUAUCUGCCCAAAAUGGCCCUAUGGGGCGUGCGCUUGUCCAGUCCACCCCCAGCUGGCCCAAGAGACCAGGACAUUGGCACUGAGGACAAUUCGGCCCUUCUGAUCGGCCGGGAUCUGCCCGGAGAACAGGCUCCUGCCACUGGCUGGGCAACCGGAAGCAUGGCAGGGCCACGGAGGGGCCUGGCAGAGGACCCAGCCCAGGACCCACUGGGCCCCUGCUGGGCCAGCUCUCCAGGGAGGGAGAACCUGGGCGAGCCCAGCAGGGACUGCAACACCCCCGGGGCAGAGACAGAGGCAGAGAGGCUGUGA